AUGGAAAAAUUACAAAAGUUUGUUAAUGAGUUCUAUUAAAAAUUGAAUGCCAAGCCUGAUGAAUUUGCUACAUGUAGAAUCAAACUCAAGUAAUAUCUAUAACAACUCAAUUUACAAUAUGGUGACAAUAUUUAGGAAUAAGAAAAUCAAUAUUUAAAUUAAUUAUCAGAAGAAAACUACUCUUUUCUCAGCAUUGAAAAUGAUAGAGGUAUAACAGUUGAAUAUAAUGAAAUGAAGUAUUUUAGAAAAUUGGCUGAUUUUAUUAAAAAACUUAAAAAAUAACAUUUAUAAUCCAAUUAUUUGCCCACUAAUUCUCCAUAAAUUGGAAGAUUAUCCAGAGAUAGAUUAUUGGAAAUCCUAACUUAAGAAGUAAAUGAUUUAAUCUGCAUGUCUUAAUUUAUUCAUCCCUAUUCAGGAAUACAUCAAUAAUUGAAAAUCAUUGAAUAAUAAAUCAAUCUGUUAAAGCAAAUUAAGUAAUUUGAAGAGUAAGUCUAAAUGAAAUCUCCACUAAAUUAGCCCAACAAUAUAUCUAAAGAGAUGGCAACCCUUAUUUUAAAUUAGGAUGAAAAUUUCAUAUAAUAAUUGCAAAAAGAAGGCUUUCACAUGACCAGAAUAAGUUAAGUGUUCUACUAUCAAAGAUAUCUGCUGUCAUAUGUUUUGAGAUCUGAACUUUUUGGCCUCGAUCUACCCCCUGGCUUUGUCAUCCGAUUGACCCUUACAAAUAAACCAAAACGAUAUUAAUACUAUUUCGUAACCCAAAUUAAAGACGAGUCUGAAUUAAACAUAAACAAAAACGAAUUUGCUAAACAUUAUUUAUCCCUUUUUGUUUCCGAUCAUUUGGAUCACUUAGUCCCAAAAUACUUUGGCACUUUAUAAGCCUUCUAUGGAAAUGCUAUGCAAUAAUAAAUUACACAAUAUGAGCAAUUUAAAAAUCCGUUAUUUCAUUUUAAGAAAGAUAUCUUUGAAGCCUCCUACGACUUACAAGAAUUCAAUGCAAUCAAACCAAAGGAUAUAUUUGCAGCAUUUCUCAAAUUUCUUGAUUUCCUUGCAGAAACAUAAAUUUUUGAUUUCAAUUAUCAUUCUAAAACAAAUCAGGAUAGAAUUAAAUCAAUGUAAAUCAGCGAAGAAGUUAUUUCCAUCACUUAUAAACGAGUCAAGAAGAUGGAAGAUACAUUUAUUUACAUUUAGGAAGUAAUAUUUCCGUAAAAUUACAAUGUAAAAUUAAUAUAGAUCACUCAAUUAUUGAACCCUUUGUUUUUCCAAUUCAUGCGGUUGGAGACGAGCAAACUAUAAAAAUUAACUGAGUAUGAAGACUUUAUAAAUAAGUUAAAUUUAGAAGAAGUUAUGCACAAACUCGUUGAUGGGUAUUUGCUGAUUAAGUACAAUAAUCAAUUGAGAGAAUUAAAGUAGGAGGUGGAUAAACAGAAUAAACAAGUGUUGAAGUCGCCAUCUUUCACAGUAAUAGAAUUUUUCUAAAAAUUGAAUAUCAAUUAUGAUAUCAGUUUAAUCAAUAGAAUCAAGCUCAUAGAUUAUUUGGCAUAUACAAACUUUUACAAUUUAGAUACAUAAUUUAAAAAUCAUUAAGAUGAAAUUUAUGAUCCUGUCAUACGAAAUUUUAAUAAGUCAUGGUUUGAUUAUGAAUUAUGGAAGUAAGCAUUUCAAGCUAAUUAUUAAUAUGCACAAUCAAGUUCAUAAUUUAAAAAUACUUUCCUUGUUGAAUUAUUAGCAAUUCAAUUUUUAGGCAACAAAUUUCAAGAAUUGAAUUUGAAUUUAUUUGAAUCAAUCUCAGGAAUCGAUUAAACAGAUGAGUAAUGCAAUAAAAUAAUAUUGUAUUUGAUGAAUAAGAAGAUGCAUAACAUUGUUGGUUUAGGACAACUUUCAAUUGCUGAAAGCUCACUUAAACAUAAAAAGUUUAAUUUAUUUUUGAAAUUGCUAUCAAUAGAAAAUAAUAGAAAAAUAAGAAACAACUUCUUUGAUUAUUUAUUAGAAGAUGACGAUUAAUUAUAAAAGUUUCAUAAUCAAGUCUUCGAAGGUGUUGAAAAAUAUUAUCCCCAUCUAUUGGGGAGUUUGGGAUGGAACUACUUUUGGACUCAGAUGACAAAACAAAGUGGAUAAUAUGAAUUCUAAAUACUAUACAAAGGGUCAGUCCAUUUUACAAGUCAAUAAUAUGAGUGUAUUUUCAACAAUAACCUUUUGGAUAACAGAUAAGAUUUGCCUAAUUACUUAGAAGUCAAUUUGAAUACGAUAAUCAAUCAAAAUUUUGAUAAACAUUUCGCAUUGCUUAAUGUGAAGGAUAAUUCUCUCCUGUUCAUGCAACCCAACUUCCCACUCUAAAAAUAUAUGGCCAUAUCUCUUUAUAAAUUGAUCUCAUUAGAUUAAUUUAUCUCCAAGGUUGAAUUGGCCACUCAUAAGGGUUAAAUUUACUCCAUUUAUGAAGUGAUCAACACGAUGAUUGAAGGAUAAAGGAUUAGAUUUACAAUAGCUCAAUAUAUGUUACAUCAUCACUUCAAUGAAUCAAAUUUAAUAAACAAAAUAGGUUCCUAGAAUUUAGCAUACAAAAUCCUAUUGAGCAUUCUUCUACUCCCUACUAACAUUACUCCUGACUAAGAAUUGCUAGUACCUUGUGGAAAUUACUUUGCUCCUGUUACAACAAACUUUUAUUUUGAUCCAAAACACGACAAUUUAAUAAAUAUUUGUGGAUUUGAGAGAGAGGGUGAUAAAAUCAAUUUAUGUUGUAAAAACAUCUAUUUUCUCACACAGUUUAUGAAUGAAAAGAUAGAUCCAAAAUAUUUAAGCGCAUUUUCAAAUUUAACUAUCAUUUUGCAAUAAUGGUUGAAACAAUUAAGUUAGCUCGAUUUAAAGGUCGAUAAGACACAGUCUAUCUUAAUUUUGCCACUUAACAAAGAAAACAUGAUUGCUUUGAUACAUCGUGCAACUUUAAUCUAAUAAGCCAAAUAGAACAUAACCUAUUUAGAUCUGCUUAAACAAUGUGAUCCAAAUUUAGGAGAAUAUUAUCAAACUCUUAUAAACAAUAGCUCAUUAAAUUUGAUAUAAAAAUUCAAUGAACUCUCAAGUACCUUACCUAUUUGUUUGACUAGACAAGAUUUUAUUUCUUUUAGAGAAUCCUUUUCAUUUUCCAAGUAUCCUUCCAGUUUCCAAUUAAAAAAUUCAAUUGGGCCAUCAAAAGGUUUGAAGAUGGUGUUAAAGUACACGAGACUGUUGACUGAAGUAGAGGAUUUCAGUAAAAAGUUACAAAUCAUAAAGAAACCAAAUCACUUUUAAUUAUUAAUAAAUUCAACCGAUUGGAGGAAUCUGAAGGAAUCACAAGUCUCAGUAAUGCUAGAAAGUCUACUAAAAUAUUCAUAAGAUUACAAUUAACCUUUUGAAUAUGUAAACUUUAGUUGUUUAUCGUAUAGAUAAUUCUCGUAAAUAUUCAUGCAAUUUGAAUUAAUAAGAAUUAAGAUAUUAAAUAUUUCAUAUAUUGAUACAAUUACAGAUAGUUUUAUUAAUGAGAUUUGUUAUAAAUGCAGUGAAUUGCAUGUAUUGAAUAUCAGUGGGUGUGCUGGAUUAAUUCAAUUAGGAGUCUAAAAGAAAUUACAAUUUUUGAGAUUGAAGACUCUAUUGGCUUCAGAGUUACCAAACAUAAAAUCAAUUGAAAUGAGUGGGUAAUUCCUGCAGAAUUUGAAUGUGAAUAAUUGUCCCUAAUUAACAUAAGUCUAUACGAUCAAUCAAUUAAAUAAGAUUUAGGCGAAAGGGAGCAAAUAACUAUAGCAAGAGAUAGUAGAGAUGUGGAUGUUAUAAGGAAUAUAAGUAAUCUUUGAUGAUAUCACAUCAAAUGGGGCUUUCAAACAGUUAGCAAAUAAGAAAAUCAUUAAGGUUAAUGAAGAGGAGUCCUCGUUCUAAAAAACAUAUGUGGAGUUUAUGUUCUCGUUAUUGGGUGAUAUCUAUGAAAAAUUUCUAUUUACUGAUUAAAAUUCAAGAUCCCCACUGCCAACUUACUUGGUGAAAAGUGGAAUUGUAAUUGAAGAUUAACAAAGUUAGUUUUUAACAUUUUUAUCCAAAUAACUUGAUGAUAAAGGCAAGAAAGUGUACAUUUUUGGGAUAUUUCAAUGUUUAUUUAAGAAUUAAUUUAUCAACACUUUAGAAUUGCAAUCCUUGAUUUGUCAUAAAAGUGAAGAUAAACGAAAAUUCUUGGAUUAAUUUUUAAUUGAUCUUUCUUCAAUAAUCGAGAGUAGUAUAGGUAGAGAGUAAUACUUAGUGAAUUAGACAGUGAAGUAAUUCUUAUAGAAUAUUGAAUGGAUAACAAUUCCAAGUGCGAGUGAAUCUGUUUUGGAAAAGAUAAUUUAAUUGUUGCAAUAGAUAUCCUAUUAUAAAUAGUUCAUAAAGGUGAGUUUUGCUAAUUUGAAAAUGAUUAAGAGUUCAAUCAUUGAAAAGUACCUCUCAAAUUUGAAACAAUCAGAUAAAUACCUACAUUUUCCAUCCUUGGAUUUCUCAGGGAAUAGUUUGACUGUAGACAAUUUAUACGAGAUAUUUAAUGAAGGUACAUUCAGUGUGAUUAAUAUUCAACAUUUGAAUUUGAGCAAUGCAGGAAUAGAUGAUAAUAUGUUGAUAUCCAUAAGUAAGUAAUUUUGGGAAUGUGAGAAUCUGAGAUACAUAGAUCUGAGUAGGAAUUAGAUUACAAGUUAAGGUUUAAACCACUUAUUUGAAUAGGCCUUAUCAGAUAAGGUUGUAAAGACUCCUCUCAAUUCUUUGAAUUUGAGUCAUAAUAGUGUUGGAAAUGCUAAAUUUGAAUUGCUAGCGAAAUUGGAAUAGCAACAAUGGUAAAAUAAGGAAAAUUAGAUGAUCUAUUUGAAGAAUUUAACAUUAUAGAAUUGUUUUUAAAUAGAUUAAGACAUAUCAUCAUUUUGUAAAUUCUUAUGUUAGAGUUACAAUUUGUAAGCAUUGGAUUUGAGAAGAAACAAGUUUAAUCCAGAAACUACUCAGGAACUCUCUAAAUCGAUUGGUUAGAACAAAUCUUUGAGUCAAUUAUUCUUUUAAAAUGAAACCAUAGAUUCAAAUUUAAUGUUUGAAGAGUUGAUUAAAAGUUAAACCUUAUAAUAUUUAGAUUUGACUUUGAAAAGCUUUAAGAAAGAGAUCUCUUAUCUAUUUGAUAAAUUAAUUACACUUUCAAUCACUCUUCCAACAAUUGAUGAUGAUUCUCUGAGACUCUUAACUAAACUCUAUCAAGGUAGUUAAACCGUAUUGUUCUUUGAUUUACAUAUUUUGGAUUAGGAAUUAAAGCAGAGAACCUAUUAUAAAUUAGGAAUGUCCAAAAUAAACUACUUUAGAGAGAAGAAAGAACAAAAGGAAACUAUGUUAAGUGAGAAGUUUGUUAAAUAAGACACUCUGAGGAUAGAUGUCUCAGAUUACAGUUAUACUGGGUUGUCUUUGGAUGGAGGAGGAAUGAGAGGAUUGUUACCAGCAACUAUCUUGAAUUACUUGUGUACUUAGAUGAAGAAAGAGCCAUAUCAAUUGUUCGAUAGCAUUGGAGGCACAUCUAUUGGAGGGAUGUUGGCCUUAACUAUGGCUGGGACUAAAGAUGGUUAGAGUUCAUUAGUAGAUAAGGAUGGUUUGAUCAAGCUAUUCACUGAGGAAGGGAAGACAAUAUUUGAGGAUUCAAAGAGAGGGGUUUGGAAUAUCAUGAGUAAAUCUAAGUAUGAUGCCAAGGGGAUAGAGAAUGUAUUAUCUAGACAUUGCGGAACUGUGAAGUUGAGUGAAACCAUUUAAAAUACAAAUGUGAUAGUUACAGCUGUCAAAUUACAAAAGCAGAGAGGAGAGACAGUUGCUAAAGUAUUUAGUUCAAGGAAAGCCAAAGUUGAUCUUACAGAGAAUUUCUUAAUGAAGGAUGUAGGAAGAGCCACUUCAGCUGCACCAACCUAUUUUCCUGCUGCCUAAAUCAAAUCUUUAGCAGGAAAAGAGUAUCAAUUUAUUGAUGGGGGUAUAGGAGUCAACAACCCAUCCAAUUUUGUUUUGGAAGACCUCAGAAAGUGUAUGUUGAAUAGAGAUUAGGACAAUUUCUUCCUUUUAAGUCUCUCAACUGGAGUGGCCAAGUAGAAGUAACAACUACAAGUUGAUGAAGGGUUAUUGAGUGUCGGGAAGAUAAUAGAUGCUUUUGGUGAAAGUAAUCAAGAUUUUGUGGAUCUUGAACUCAAAAGACAUGAAGGAAAAUACCUCAGAAUAAUUCCAGAGUAUGAUCUUUAAGAGAGUAUGGCAUAAAUGGAUUGUACUGAUCCAAAAGUAUUUGAAGAGUAUUAAUAGGCUGCUUUGGUUGCAGCAGAAUCAUACUUUCAUAAAGAAAUAUUCGGAAGAUAUUAGGACAAAUCUUUCAUUCGCUGGUUGGAAGAAAAUACUGCAAGAAGACUAGAAUCUAAAUGA